AUGGCACCAAAUCCGGAAGCCAAUCCGGAAAAGCCCAGAAAUGAAACAGAAAAUAUCACCCCUGCGACGGUGGCUCCUAGCGACGGCAAGCAUGAAGGAAUACUCUGUGACGCAGGCGUGGCACAGGAUGGUAGCCCACCACCAGUUUCCCCCGCGCGCACCAUUGCCAUCAUUGCAUCCCUCAUGCUGGGGGUUUUCCUGUACGCCAUCGACCUGACCAUACUCGCCAAUGCCGUGCCGGCCAUCACGUCGGAAUUCCAGAGCCUGUCGCACGUCCCCUGGUACGGCAGCGCCUUCUUCCUGACCACGGCGCCGCUGCAGUCGGCGUACGGCAAGAUCUACGCCCACUUUGACCACAAGUGGACGUUUCUGGGCUCCGUCGCCAUCUUCGAGGCCGGAAACCUCGUCGCCGGGCUUGCAGUCAACAGCCCCAUGCUGAUCGUGGGGAGGGCGUUGGCCGGCAUAGGUGGAGGAGGCAUCAUCACGGGCGCCUUCACAAUCAUUGUCACCGUCGCGUCGCCCCGGAGGAUCCCACUCUGCCUUUCUACGUUGAGCGCCACAUUUGGCAUUGCCAGUGUCGUGGGCCCCCUGCUAGGAGGCAUUUUCACCACCGAGGUGUCGUGGCGGUGGUGCUUUUUCAUCAACCUGCCCAUUGGGGUCGUUGCCGCGGCAGUUAUCAUGUUCGUUUACAAGACGCCAAAAUUCCAGGGCUCUCAGUUCGACGCGUUGCCGCUUAAGGAAAAGAUUAUGCAGAUUGAUCCAGCAGGUAUAGUCUUGGUCAUCGUCGGCACGGGAUGCUUCACGCUCGCUCUGCAGCUCGGUAGCGAGUCUGGAAAUUACCGCCAAGCCGGAGUCAUCGGAUCUAUGGUGGCUUUCGUGGUCAUUCUCGUGCUAUUCAUACUCUGGGAGUGGCGUCUAGGGGAUCGUGCCAUGAUCCAAUACCGCCUCCUCAAGAACGUCCUGGUGGCAGGCAACAUCGCCGUCAACUUCUUCGUCGCCACUGCCUACUUUCCCCUCCUAUAUACUCUUCCGAUAUACAUGCAGUCCAUCAAGGAUGCGUCCGCGUCCACGAGCGGGAUCUGGAGCAUUCCGCUGAUUUUGGGCAUCUCGGUGUUCAUCAUCGUCUCGGGGACAGCCAUGCCGCGCAUCCCCUGGCCUGUAUGGAUCCUCGUGGGUCCGCUUAUAAUGACUGCCGGUGCGGCGUGUCUCUAUACCCUGACAACCGACAGCUCUGUUGCGCGUUUGCUGGGCUACCAGGUGCUCACGGGUGCAGGUAUCGGCCUGGUGCUACAGGUGCCUGUUGCUGCAAACCAAGGCUUGGUUGCGGCCGUCGACAAGCCGUCCGUGAUUGGUAUGACACUUUUCUUCGAGACCAUCGGAAGUGUUAUCUUCAUGCCUGCCGUACAAGCGUCUUUUGUAGACAGGCUCGUUGAAUCAGUGUCUUCGUCGGCUCAUUUGGCCGCAUCAGGGAUCACGCCCUGGAAGGUUCUGGAAGCCGGGGCCAUCGGCAUCAGACGUCACUUCCCCGAAAAUGCGGAUGCAGUCUUGGCAUGUUACAUGGACGGCAUGAAGGUGGCGCUGUUACUGGAGCUGAUAUGUGCCCUAGUUACGAGAAACACUGGGGGACGCCUAAGCCAAGCGCUUAGCUAG